AUGUCGAUGAUCGAAGAUCAUGAGACGAUUUUUAAACGGCAUAAAGAGUGUCAGUUUUAUAGCUGCUUCGAAAGGCCCAAAGCAUCAGACAUCAUAAGUAUUUCAAGACAAAAAUUAUUUAUUAGCGAUGAGAAACCAUCAAAAACUUCAACUGUUUGUGAGCUUUGUAACGGAUUUAUGGGAGAGAGUCCAGGAAGUGCAUGUUAUCUUGAACCAUUAGCGACUACAAAGUAG